UGCCAGCCGAACAGCUGUGUUUGUUGUUAUCAAGAAUUAGUACUUGCGUGUACUUUUGUCGGCAUAAUUGAUAUCUGCAUGAUGAUCAUGAUCGAUUGAUUCACAAGAUAUUCACGGAUUCCAAGCUUGCAGAUUGAAUCAUCAUAAUCGAAACCCGUGACCCCGGUGCAUUUUGGGGAAUAUUGCACCUGCUAAUUGAAUUAGUGCAGUAGGGAGGCGCCAUUUCAAGGUCGACCAUGUCGGGUGUAGCCGUUGCCAUAAAUGCUGCCAUUUCGGGCGCUGCCUACUGCAUGACGGUCCAGAUGAUUCCACGUUUCCGGGAAAUGUUUAUCAAGGCCAAUCUCUUUGGCAACGAUCUCUGCAAGAAGGACAAGCCACAGGUACCCGAAUCCUUUGGCGUGCUGAUUGGCUGUGUAUUUCUGGUCUCCUUAUUUUUGUUCAUACCCAUUCCCUUUGCUUUCGAUGAGGCAGCCGCCACGGAUACUAUUACUGGAGGAAAACCCGACACCUUUCCUGACGAUAAGUUCGUGGAAUUGAUUGCCGCACUUCUAUCCAUUUGCUGCAUGAUCUUUUUGGGCUUUGCUGAUGACGUUUUGGAUUUACGAUGGCGCCACAAGCUGCUCCUUCCAACCAUUGCCACGAUGCCACUGCUGAUGGUGUACUACGUCAAUUAUAACUCCACCACAGUCAUUAUGCCCAACUUUGCGAGGAGUCUAGUUGGUACCUCAUUGAACAUAGGAUUCCUGUACUACGUAUUUAUGGGGAUGUUGGCGGUAUUCUGUACAAACGCCAUUAACAUCUUGGCCGGAAUCAAUGGCCUGGAGGUUGGACAGUCACUGAUAAUUGCCAGCUCGAUUUUGGUGUUCAACGCUAUUGAAUUGUUUCUCGGUCAUCAGGUGGAAUCACACAUAUUCUCAAUUUACUUCAUGCUGCCUUUCCUGGCCACCACAUUAGCGCUUUGGAAGUUCAACAAAUAUCCAUCCCAGGUGUUUGUCGGUGAUACCUAUUGCUACUUUGCAGGCAUGACCUUUGCUGUCGUCGGCAUCCUGGGACAUUUUAGCAAGACCCUGCUUCUAUUCUUCUUGCCGCAGAUCAUAAAUUUCCUGUACUCCACGCCACAACUGUUCCACUUUGUGCCAUGUCCCCGUCACCGGCUGCCCAAGUACGAUAGCAAAACAGAUCUGCUCCAUAUCAGCACCACGGAGUUCCGCUUGGAGGAUCUCAAAGCUCCGGGCCGUCUGAUGGUCACAAUACUGCGAAAACUUCGACUAAUUAGCUGGCAUACCAAAGCGGACGGAGUUGUAAGAACCAACAACUUCACCCUUAUCAACUUUGUGCUGGUCAUUUUUGGACCCGUCCAUGAGCGUGUCGUCACACAAAUGCUGAUGGGAUUCCAGGUGCUGUGCACACUGAUUGCUCUGGCCAUUCGAUAUCCCCUGGCUAACUUCUUCUAUGCGAAAACGUAACCCUUUGAUUCUGAUAUUUAUUGUAGUAAGCCUUUGCUAAGUUAACUUUACAAACAGAAAACAUUUAUCUAAUGCCUACACAAUAUAUUUCCCGAAAGUAAGUCAAGUAAAAAUCUGUAUUUCACCGGUCAAUAAAGAACUAAGCAAAUAAACUCAAAA